GAUAGUAUUUCAUUAAAAAAUGGGACACUGGAGAUCACUUUUCUGGUUCUUGCUCUUUGGAUUUACAGUUCAUGUAACAAACACACAGAAAACAGUAUGUAUGGAAGCAAACAUUGCUGACAUUGUAUUCCUUGUGGAUGGAUCCUGGAGUAUUGGAACAGAAAACUUUAAAAGCAUGCAAAACUUUUUGUACACCUUGAUAAAUGGCUUUGAUGUUGGUCAAGAUAAGAUCAGAAUUGGCCUGAUCCAAUACAGUGAUGAACCUCGUACAGAAUUUUAUUUAAACUCUUAUGAUGAAAAAGAUGACAUAUUACAGUAUGUACAAAACUUAAAGUACAAAGGCGGGGGCACAAAAACUGGAGAAAGUCUUCAGUUUAUGUUGGAUAAUCACUUCACAGAAAGUGCCGGUGGAAGAGCUCUCAGUGGAGUACCUCAAAUAGCUGUUGUUAUAACUGAUGGACAAUCUCAAGAUAAUAUUAAGGAGCCAUCAAAGAAAGUAAAAGAUGCAGACAUCACUUUAUAUGCUAUUGGUAUAAAGGAAGCUCUCUUGACAGAGCUUAAUGACAUAGCCAGCGAUCCAGAUGAGAAACACGUUUACAAUGUGGCUGACUUUACAGCCUUGCAGGGCAUUUCCCAAAACAUGCUUCAGGUUCUGUGCACCACGGUAGAAGAAGCCACCAGGCAGAUUGGUCAGAUCGCCAAAGGUUGUAGAGGUGCCAACCAAGCAGAUAUUGUUUUCCUUGUAGAGAGUUCCACACGAGUUGGGGAUUCGGCUUUCCAAAAAGUGAAAGACUUCCUUUAUGGAUUUGUAUCCAGUCUCGAUGUCGGCAUGAACAAAGUUCGCAUUGGACUUGCCAAGUACAGUGAUGAGACUGACACAAUCUUUUUACUUAAUGAUUAUUCCACAAAAAAUGAAAUUCUGGAGAGAAUAGAAAGCUUAUCCUAUACAAGGGGCAAUUCCUAUACUGGACGGGCUCUAGAAACAGUCAAUAACAGGUUCUUUAUUGAAUCAGCAGGCAGCAGAGCCACAGACAACAUUGCUCAAUUUCUUGUUGUAGUUACUAAUGGCAAAUCAGCUGAUGAGAUGAAACAGCCAGCUAGAGAAUUAAAAUCUAGAGGCAUAUAUGUUUAUGUUACUGGUCAUAAUAUUAAAGACAUUGCUGAGUUACAGGAUGUAGCUAGUAGGCCAAGUAGGAAGUUUAUUUACCCUCAAGAGAGUUUUGAUGCUGCAGAAGAUGUGAAUACAAAACUCCUGAAGAAUGUAUGUUCCAACAUUGCCGCAAAAAUUCAAGCAUCUUCAAAACGUUAUGCAGAUGUUGUAUUUCUGGUUGACUCUUCCUCAAGCAUUGGAACUGCAGUAUUUCAGCAAAUCAAAGCUUUCAUUACAAGAAUAAUUGAACAACUUGAUGUGGGUUUUAAUAAAUAUCGUGUUGGACUGGCACAGUUCAGUGGGGCAGCACAAACUGAGUUCCUACUGAACACCUAUGACACCAAGCAAGAAGUGACAGAUCAUGUUCAAACCAUUGCUUUUAGAGGUGGCCCUCUUAACACAGGAAGUGCUUUAGAUUACUUGCGCACAACCUUUUUUGUAGAAGAAGCUGGGAGCCGCAUUAACCAAGGAUUAUCACAGUUUGCAAUUAUCAUAACAUCUGCAAAAUCUCAAGAUAUUGUCAGUGAAUAUGCCCAGCAGCUAAAAAGCAUUGGGGUAACAGCUAUUGCUGUUGGAAUUCGUAACUCAAAUAAAGAAGAAUUAGAAGAAAUAGCAACAGAUCAUUUUGCUUUCCAACUGAUGAAUUUGCAAGGCAUACGAGAUGUAGAGCCACAGAUAAUAAAUACUAUUGUCACUCAGGAAAUGCUGCAGUUUGUUUUGAUACCAGAUGCUCCAGCAGUUUGCAGCAGCGCCUCGCUUGCUGAUAUUGUUUUUGUGAUUGAUGAAUCCAGUGAUAUUGGUGAAACCAACUUUCAGCUAACAAGAGUAUUUUUGCACAAGGUUAUCAAUGCUUUGGAGAUUGGCUUGAACAAAGUUCGGAUAGGCUUAGUUCUCUAUAGUGACAAGCCCAACCUAGAGUUUAAACUGAAUACUUUUAAGGAAAAGUAUGAAGUUCUGGACUAUAUAACUAAGCUGCCAUACAGAGGAGGACAGACACACACUGGAGCAGCUCUUAAUUUUGUAAGAAAGGAACUUUUCUCCCAGGAAAAUGGUGGCAGAGCACAUCACGGUGUCCAGCAAAUCGCUGUGGUCAUGACCAGUGGACAAUCAAAAGAUGAUCCCACUAAGCCUGCAGCAAAACUGAGACGGUCUGGAGUUGAAGUCUUUGCAGUUGGUUUUCAAAAUGCUAACGAGACAGAGCUAAAAAACAUAGUUUCGCAUCCACCACAGAAACAUAUAUCCACAGUGAAAUCCUUUCUCCAGCUUCCAAAUAUUGACCUUAGAUUAAAGAAGCUUCUGUGUCGGGAGAUUGUUGUUCAAUCAUUUGCACUCCCAUUUCUAGUCCGGAGUUUGAAGGAUGGUUGUGUGGAUACAGAAGAAGCUGAUAUCUACUUUCUGAUUGAUGGUUCGGGUAGCAUUUACCCAGAAGACUUUGAGGACAUGAAGAAAUUUAUGACUGAAGUAAUAAGUGUGUUUCAGGUUGGACCAAAUAAUGUACGCUUUGGAGUGGUGCAAUACUCUGACAACCCAAGGAUUGAAUUCACUAUCAAUAUGUUCACUGCACAGAAGACCUUAAAGGAAGCAAUACAAGAAAUCUACCAGCUAGGAGGGGGGACACAAACAGGAAAGGCUCUGCAAUCAAUGAAAAGUCUCUUUGCUCAAGCUGAAAGUGAACGGCCCAAUAAAGUUCCCCAGUCCUUGAUCGUCAUUACAGAUGGAGAGUCUCAAGAUAGGGUGACUGAAGCUGCAGCAGAUAUAAGAGGAGGUGGCAUCACUGUAUAUGCCAUAGGUGUCAAAAAUGCCGUAGAAGAACAGCUGGAGGACAUAGCUGGGAACAAAGACAAAACGUUUUUUGUUGAUAAUUUUGAUUCCCUGGAUUUAAUCAAGCAUGAACUAACCCGUGAGUUGUGUACACCAGAAGCCUGCAAAGACAUGAAAGCAGAUAUCCUGUUCCUGAUUGACAGUUCUGGCAGUAUCAAUGACAAUGAUUAUGAGAAGAUGAAAGAAUUCAUGAAUUCCAUAGUGAAACAGUCUGAAAUUGGUCCAGACAGAGUUCAGAUUGGCUUAAUCCAGUUUAGUUCUGAAACCAAAGAAGAGUUCCCACUGAACAAAUAUAAAAAGAAAAAUGAAAUUCAAGAUGCCAUAUCGAGUAUGCAAAAAUUGGAUCAAGGGACUUUGACUGGAGUUGCGUUACAAGAUGCAUUGCCAUAUUUCAGCUUGGCCAAGGGAGGAAGGACAAAAACUAAACAAUAUCUUAUUAUAGUCACAGAUGGAGAGUCUUCAGAUCCAGUGGCAAAACCAGCUGCUGAUAUUAGGAGACAGAAUGUUGACAUUUAUGCUAUUGGUGUACUAAAUGCAAACAACACACAGCUUUUGGAGAUAGCAGGAAAGCAAGAUCGUGUCUUCCUUGAGGAUAAUUUUGAUGCUUUGGCAUUUCUAAAUAAGCAGAUCAUGUUUGAAAUUUGCAAUCCUCAAGAUCCAUGUAAAAGAACAGAGGUUGCAGACAUCAUAUUUUUAGUGGACGCCUCUUCAAGCAUCACCGUUUCCCAAUUCAAAAUUAUGCAAAGGUUUAUGGAAGCUGUAGUAAAUGACUCCAUGGUUGGGAAGGAAAAUGUCCAGUUUGGUGUUGUGACCUAUGGAACAACACCUGAAGAACAAUUUUCAUUGAAUGCUCAUUCUACCAAAUCUGAGGUCCGCAAGGCUAUAUAUUCUUUGAUACGAACAAAGGGAUUUACAUAUACUGCAACAGCUUUAAUGUACACCCAAGAAAGGUUUAAUCCAAUUUAUGGUGGUCGUCCUGGAGUCGCACAGAUUAUAAUUCUUAUUACCGAUGGGGAAACAACUGCUGCAGACAGACCGCAAUUAGAUACAGUACCUCAAUCUUUAAGAAACAAUGGUUUUAUAAUCUUUGCUGUUGGAGUUGGUGCAGCCAAAAAAGUAGAGCUUGAGAAAAUUGCUGGACAGCCAGAUAGAUGGUUCUUAGUAGAUAAUUACAAUAGUCUGGAAGCUUUGCAUGAGAAUAUAACACAAAUUGUUUGUGAUGAGUCUAAACCGGCUUGUGGUCAUCAACAGCUGGAUCUUGUGUUUUUGAUUGAUGGUUCUGCAAGUAUUAGUCAAGAUGACUUUGAAAUAUCAAAGGCUUUCAUGAAAGACAUAGCAGACAGCUUCACUAUUGCAGAGAACAGGGUACGAAUUGGUGUGGCCCAGUACAGCGAGCAUCCCCAGAAAGAAUUUUUCUUGAAUGAGCACUACCAAAUUUCAAAAAUGAAAGAUCAUAUUGAUCAGAUUGCUCAGCUGAAUCAAAAUACCUACACAGGAAAAGGCCUGAAGUUUGUGAAACAGUUUUUUGAUCCUACCAAUGGAGGUCGUAAAAACCAAAAUGUUAAUCAGUAUUUAUUAGUAAUGACUGAUGGUGAGUCACAUGAUACUGUAGAUCAAGAGGCUGCUGAACUGAGGAGCAAUGGAAUUACAAUUUUCUCUAUCGGAAUUGGUCUCAAAAACAGCUUUGAGCUUAUCCAGAUUGCCGGGAAUCCAAAAAACGUUUUUAGGGUUGAAAACUAUAAUGACCUUGACUCAAUCAAGAGGCAAAUUGUGUCUCAAGUAUGCGAUCCAAAAGAUGACCCUCCCAAAGAUUGCAGCAUAGACAUCACGGUGUCUGUUGACUACUCAAGAAGAAUUAGACCAUCCACUACAUCUGUUUUGCAGAAAAAACUUAACCGCUUCCUCCCUGAAGUGUUACAGCAUGUGUCUACCCUGAGCAACCUGAGCUGUAGCUCUGGGUCACCAGUAAACGUACAAUUUAGAUAUGCUGUUCCCAGACAAGAUUCCACAUUUCACUUUGAAUCUGAUUUUGAAAAAUAUAAUAAAGACAUUCUUAAGAAGUACAUUGAAGUUCAGUCAACAGUUGACAACUUUUUAAACAGCCAGUUCCUGGAAUCACUUUGGAAAAAAAUGCAGACGUUGCCUACACAAAAAACAAAAGUCAUAAUAAUUUUUACAGAUGGACUUGAUGAUUCUUUAGCAGCACUAAAGAAGACUUCAGAAUCCCUUCGUAGGCAAGGUCUGGAUGGUUUAUUGUUGGUUGGACUGGAAGGUGUGCAUAAUUUUAAAGAAUUACAGGAACUUGAGUUUGGAAGAGGGUUCUCCUACGAACAUCCACUAAGUGUUGGAAUUUAUGAUUUGCCAAGUAUAAUGCUAAAAGAAAUUGACACAGUUGCUGAAAGAAAAUGCUGUAAAGUCAUUUGUAAAUGUCUGGGGCAAGAUGGUGCUCGAGGUCUUCCUGGUCCUCCAGGUUCAAAGGGAAGACCUGGUGAAAAUGGAUCUCCAGGACAUCCUGGGGAGGAAGGUGGAUAUGGUGACAGAGGUCUACGUGGACUGAAUGGAACACGGGGAGACGAUGGAUGCCCAGGACCCAGAGGACUAAAGGGUGUAAGAGGCUUUAGAGGAGACAAGGGGGAAGGUGGUGAGAAUGGAAUUGAUGGUAUACCCGGAGAACAGGGUGAGAAAGGAGCACCUGGAUUAUCGGGAGAAACCGGUAGCACUGGUCCACAAGGCAAAAGAGGACCUCGAGGAGAGCUAGGAGAAAGAGGCGAACCUGGGCUCAGAGGGGAUUCUGGUGAUCCUGGAACAAAUAAUAAUAUACCUGGACCAAAAGGACAGAAAGGAAAACAAGGGCGGCAGGAUGAACCUGGGAAAGAUGGCGUACAAGGAGAGACUGGAAGUGAUGGUCCAGAGGGUCCACAAGGCCGCAGAGGACCUCCUGGAUUGAAGGGUGUACGUGGAAUUUCUGGAGAAAAAGGCAUCUCAGGAGAAAUUGGACUUCAAGGCAUACAGGGCCCCAAAGGUUUGCCUGGUCCACCAGGAACACAAGGACAACAAGGAUUACCAGGACCUCAGGGUACACCGGGCACUGUGGGUGCUCCAGGGGGUCCCGGCAGUCAAGGACCUAGGGGUCGAAAGGGAGAACAAGGUGACAUUGGAGAAAAAGGUGACAUGGGGAUUUCAGGACGUCGAGGUUUGCCAGGUGUAGAUGGCAUUGACGGAUAUGGUGCUCCUGGUAAAAAAGCAGAGAAGGGUCACCUGGGAUUUCCUGGCUACCCUGGACCCCAGGGAAACGAUGGUGAUCCUGGCAGUCCUGGAGAUCAAGGUCAUAAAGGAGGCAGGGGUAGAAGGGGCAAUUCUGGUCGGCCAGGAGAAGGAGGUGGUCCAGGGGAGAGGGGACCUCCUGGGCCCAUGGGUUCCAAAGGGUCACCAGGAACAGGGUCCUUCACACCCUGUGAGCUUGUAAAUUUCACAAAAGAGAAUUGCCCUUGCUUCUCAGGUCCUUCUAAAUGCCCAGUUUAUCCAACUGAAGUAGUGUUUGCUCUUGAUUCCUCUCAAGAUGUUCCACCUGCAGCCUUUCAAAGAAUGAAGGACAUAACCAUUUCUCUUGUAGAAAAAUUGGAAAUCAGUGUGAGCAAUUGCCCCAGAGGGGCUCGCGUUUCAGUGGUCACUUACAGCAACACUGUUAAACAUCUAAUUCGUUUCUCUGAUUUUAAGAAGAAAAAUCUUCUUUUGGAUGAAAUUCGUAAGAUUCUACCUGAAAAGACCACAGCUCAGAGAAACAUUGGAGAAGCUAUGAGAUUUGUGGGUAGAAACAUUUUUAAGCGUGUUAGACAUGGGGUUCUCAUAAGGAAAGUUCUUGUUGUCUUUGCUAAUGGAAGAUCACAAGAUGCUGCUUCAAUAAACACAGCUGUAUUAGAACUUGGUGCUCUCAACAUAGUCCCUGCAGUUAUUUCCUUUCAAGAUGCACCCAAUGUCAAGACAGCCUUUGCGAUGGAUGAAAGCAAUCGAUUUCAGCUGUUUGUGUGGAAGAGACUACAAGACCAGAGACUGGAAGUGAUUUCACAUUGCACUCUAUGUUAUGAUAAAUGUAUUCCUGAUCAAGAAUGUGAACUGGAUCCCAUACCUCCCACUGAAAUAGAUAUGGAUAUUGUCUUUAUACUGGACAGUUCUCGGAACAUCAGGAGUGAUGUAUUUUCGCAUUCCAAAGACUUUGUUAGCUCAAUGCUUGAUCAUAUUGUUGUAUCAUCUCAGCCAAGAAUACAAGGCACUGGAGCUAGAGUAGCUCUAGUGCAACAAGCCAAUCCUAGCUUUCUGCCUAAUCGAAACAAAAGCCCUGUCAAGACGGAGUUUGACCUUGUUAGUUACAAUGACAGGAAUCUAAUGAAACGACACAUCGAGGAAUCUGUGACACAACUGGAAGGCCCAUCUUCACUGGGUUAUUCUCUUCAGUGGACAAUAGAAAAUAUUUUCAAAAAGACUCCCAAUGCAAGGAAGCACAAAGUCAUUUUUACAAUCCUUGGAAGUAAAACAAGUUUCUGGGACAGAGAAAAAUUAAAAGAAAUAUCCAGAAAAGCCAAGUGUGAAAAGUUUACAUUAUUUGUCCUAGCUUUUGGAAAGGAAGUAAGCCAUAGUGAACUGAAUGAACUCUCUAGCCUUCCUCAUGACCAGCAUGCCCUACAUCUGCUUGCAGUUGCAAAGCCUGAGCUAAUAUAUGCCGAAAGAUUCACCCAAGCAUUCAUUCAUCUUCUCAAUAGUGAAAUUAACUCUUAUCCAGGAUCAGCUUUUCAAGCAGAAUGUGAAGGACGCGGAGAUUCAUUAAUCUCUCUUACAGAAAGUGAUUACUACACUGAAGUUGAAGUUGAACCCUCAGAACAAAUGGGAGAGUUUGCAGAAAGAGAAGUGGAACAAUACUAUUAUGAGGAAGAAACAGACAGUGAUAUUGUUUCAGAAUUUACAGGGACUGUGAAUCUAUCGACUGAGACAGGGGUCAAAACCACUGUUGCAGAGAAGUGCCUAUUGGAUGUGAACCAAGGCACAACAUGCAGAGACUUCCAGCGCAUGUGGUACUAUAUAAAAGAUGUUGAUGCAUGCUCCCAAUUCUGGUAUGGAGGUUGCGAUGGCAACGGAAACAGAUUUAGCUCUGAGAAUGAGUGUCUCCAAGCUUGCUCUUCCAAACGUCAAGGAAAUAGUGAAGGAACGGUGCUAUUUAGUAAAGAUAUAUGUCAACUGAAACAAGAAGAAGGAGACUGCCAAGAUUAUUCACUGAAGUGGUGGUACAACUCCGAUGAGAACAAGUGUGACCAGUUCUGGUAUGGUGGCUGCGGAGGAAACAAAAACCAGUUUGAAACACAAGAAGAGUGUGAAACUGUUUGUCUAUCAUAGAGUUGUUAGAUUGUUCUACCCUGUAUUAUGCAAAUAACAUGGCCAGUGAUAUCUGGAAUUAAUGCAUAUGCAUUAUUCACCGAAAAUGAUCACAAACGGAUAAACACUGUUCCUUGCUUUUAAUUAAAAUGUACCAGAAAUUGGUUCAAGUCUUAGGUCUAAACAUUUUUUUUUUUUUUUAAAUAAUGUAUUUAAAAGUUAUUAUGUAUAGACAGUUUAUAUUACCCCUUUUCUCUAUUUGUUCCUUGGAGCGUCACAUAAUAUUGCAGAAGAAGGGUAGAAUGGACCAAACUGUGUAUUUUCUAGUACUGUGAUGCUUAAAGAAGUGAAGCAAUAGGAAUUUAAAAUGUCUCAAAUGCAAAAAGUAUUUUGUAAGAUUCACAAAUAAUGGUUUUAAUAAAAUAAAUCAUUGUCAAAGAACAACAGUAUUAUAUCAGUAUACAAAUAUAUUUGCAUUACAGAAUUAACAACACUUCUGGGAAAUAUAAGUGAAAUUCAGGGACUAAAAAAUGCCUCAAAUGGGAGCAUAUUUAUAAGUGGUGUCACACAGAUUGAGAUGAAGGCUUUGGUUAACUGCUCCUGUGUUAUAAUAUUCUAGUAGCUAAGUGUAAAACCUCCCCCUCCCAAACCCCAUUCACACAAAUUCCAUCUCUGGUCACCAAAUUUACCUCUGGUCUCUGAGAAGAAGUCCAACCUUUUUUUCAAUGUAACUCAAGGGAAUAUUCCUUUUCUAAGUUAAAGGAAUUUAUUAGAAGGCAAAUCUCAGGUAUUAUAAGAAAGGUUGAAAAUACCCAAGAAAGCAACGUUUUUACACUUACCCAAAUUUGAAUGUAAAUCCAGAAAUAUUUAAAUCAACCCUGUGAUAAAAAGCAAAACAAAAAACUGCCAUUUCUGCAAAAAAAAAGAAAAAAGAACAGUUACCUUUUAUUUACUCCCUGCUCACGUCACCAAAACACCACUCAAUUCAAGAGAGGUCUCCCUGCUAUGCAUACAUCCUUGAAAUUGACUCUUUGAAAAUGUUUUAUUGGUUGAUCUUCUUGAUCACCCACUGCAUGCACUGGUUCUCUGCUUACCCCCACCCUAAUUAGAGCAGUGUCUUAUAAUGAUAUGGAGGUCAGUGAAAAGAGCAUUACUUGAAACAGCAUAUGCAGUACAUGUGUAUUUGCAGCAGUCACCUAGCUUUAGUUUUCCUUUGAUACAAUGGAAAUGUUAAUGAAGAAUUACCAAUCGUGAAAAAUUGUGAGAAACUAGAUUUGUAAUGUUUCUGCAUUUUUUUUCAGUUGAAUGUCAAUAAAAUGAUUUCAUAUAUUA